AUGGGCCGUGGUCACUAUACUAAGUGUGCUCGUAAGGACGAGACCACUCAGUCUACUUCAGCAACAGUCAAGACCCCGAAACAUACUGCCACGAUGCAUGAUGCUCCCCACAAUGAGGCCCAGCUGCCUCGCCCUGUUGUUCAGGCUUCUGUUACCGAUGCGAAUCAAGCCUCGAACAACCCGGACAACCAGCUCGCCGCCUCUGAGUAUAAUCUCCUGGACCUCCUCGGCGACAAGAUCAAUGCUCUUGGCAGCUUCUUGCUCGAUAUGAGGGACAGCACCACCGAGACCAACCCCCUCGAUCGCAUCAACAACGCUGCCGCCGACUUGGCCAACACCCUCCGCGGCCUCUGGGUAGGUCAGGAGACAACCAUCAAUGAUGGCCCACAAACACAAGCCAACCGCCUUCACGACCUCACCAAGCUCCUAUUUCCCCAACCCUCCCCAUCAACAGAAACUAUAACCAACGCCCAAAUCAUGGCCAAGCUCGACGAGAUCACCAACCGGCUUGCUGACAUGGAGGCUCGAUCUCAGGGCGAGCUCACGCUUGAUGAAUUUGACCGUAUGAUGGAUAGAUUCGAUGAUAUCAACGAGAGGUUUCAUCUGUUGAACAGGAAUGUUGCUGACAUCAGGCGGAUGCACCACGGUGACUUGCAGACUUUGAGAGACGACUUUUCCAUGAGGAUGGAAAAGCACCAGAAGGAGAUGGAGGAGCGGUUGGAUGAGGAUAUGGGUGUGAUGCAGAAGUACAUUCAUGACAGGUCUGGCGAUUUUAUUGAGGACAUGGCUGUGAGGGUAAAGGAUGUGGUUGGUCAGGAGAGGGAGGUUCAGCUUCAGGAGUUGAGGGGUUCAAAGACGGCUGUUUUGGCGGCUGUUGGGGGGAAGGGGGAGGAGAAGACUGUGAAGGAGGUCCCGACAUGUCGAUGGUGUCCCAAACCCGUUCCGUUUCCGUUUCUCCAGCCUUGGGAGCACUACACCGAGAUGCGUGGCUUAUUUAGCGCCACUAGUCUUCGAGCAACGCUGCCCGCCGUCAGGAAGCCCUUCUGCACACCCGGCCCUUUCUCAACAACAACCCCCUCCUCCUUGCCGGGAGCGAGCCCUUUCCUUGGCUCCAGAUCAACACGCUACCCCGGCAUCCCGUCAGGAUCCAAUAUUUAUCGCGCACCAAUCCAGAACGGACCCAACAACCCUCAGGUAUCCUCUGUGAAGCCCGACACCUUUGCGCAACAGGAACAAGAUGAACCAACACCUCUACCACCAUCCCUCGCCUGUAACCCAUGCCUCAUGACCUCUCGACCAAGGAACACGGUCAAGGCCGUAGCCUUCCGCCACUCUUUUCCCCUCCGAGACCAGAGUACCCUGAUUUAA